GUUUUCUCGUCACCAUGACAGCAAAGUUUCCACAUAAGCAGCUCAACUUAUCUCAGAAAAGAAGCCCUGAGAGGUGACAACAUGAACAGUGUGAUGGACAGCGAGCAGAGGUCGAGUCACCACGGUCAGCGAUGCCACAGAAAAGCAAAGAACCCCAGACCGAGGCAUCUGCAUCAGAGCACCCUGAACCUGGGUGACACAGCACCCUGCUACACCACCACCCACACCCAGAGUUAUUGCGGCCGGUCGGCUGACGGACGUCCUCUCAUCUUCCAUCUGAGAGAUCCCAGCUUCCCCUCGCAGCAUCAGACGCAGCUGGACCUCAGCGACGACAUCACAGCGCUGCGGGGCCCGCUGCAGUCACACAGCGCAGAUGUGCACACGCCCAAACACAUCACUCCGAGAGCCGACAUGAAGGUAGAAAACUGGGCUCGGUAUUGCAGCGGCCAGGCUGUCAGAGAGAUCACCAACCCCCCGGAUCCGUCUGAGUACGAGACCACCUACAUGACAGAGCACAGACUCCCAGUAAGCGACGGCUCACCACACCAGCCCAGUGGCAGACCAACACAGUGGCACCAGCACGACAUCCUGACAGGUGAACAGAAGCAGCAGACUGGUCCAGUGAAGCCCAGCAGACGGUCCAGAGACAAGCUGCUGUGGGUGGCGAGACGCAGGGAGACAGACUGCUCUGCACUCAGACUCUACUAACACAGCAGUUAUACAACUAUACACUGCACAACACUCCUCCUCCUCUCUGAUGUGAUGAUGCUUUCCUAAAAGGACGAACACUGAGGUGAAGAUGUUGCUGUAAAUCGGCUCAUUUGUUAAAAUUCUCGAUCUGGAAUAAAACUCUGAAUGAUCAUGA